UCGUCAUUAACAUCCCAACGACAAUUACGAAGUUCAAAAUCAAGAAAAAAAACACAACGAAAUCAUAAUGAACCUGUAACAUGUUUAAUUUGUUCAAUUCUUUCACAAUUAUCAUCCGUUAAUUGUUGUUCAGCACAUAUAUCUCUGCUUAAAAAUCAUACUCAUCAUCGACAAAAAUCAUCACAUUCUCAUCAAUUACCAGAACAAGUUAUGAUUAUACCAAUGACUGAUGAAAUUGUACAACGUUAUUUUGAUCCACAACAAAAUCAUCAUUUACGAAAAGAAACAUCUGCAUCAAAUCGAUCGACUCGAAAAGCAUUAAAUAAAUCAACGACAACAUCAAAUCGUUCUAAAAUACAACAAUCAACUUCGAAAUCAGCGACAAAAUCUUCACAAACUAAAAUACGACCAAUUGCUUCAUCUAUCGUUAUUGGUUCCAAGCGUCCACUUUCACAAAUAAAUCAAUCCAAUGAAUCGACUACAACUGUUAUUUCAUCGUCGUCAAUAACAGUAACAAAGAAUAUCGAAAAACAUCAAAUACAACAAUCACCUAUCGAAAUGAUUGUUAUCGAUGAGAGCCAAAAUGAUAAUCAAGAAAUAAAUACAGUACUGGAAUCUACUGAUAAUGAUAAAUCAAUUAAUCCAUGGACACCAAUAACGGAUGAAAUUGAUACAGCUCUUGAACGAGUAUUAGAUCAAGUUGAAGCAACUGUUGAUAGUCCACUUGAAUUUACACCUACAACAGUUCGACGAACUGAAACAGAAAUAAUGGCAGCUCGUUUACCAAAAAUUCCACUUAAAGAAGGACGAUUUCGGAAUGGUAAACCAAUUCUUAAUCGUUCAACAAGCAGUGCAGCUAAUGAAUAUCGUCCGUUAGCAGCUACUCGAUCACUUCCUUUAACAUCAACUAUUUUUAAUACUAAUGUUCGUUCGCCAUCAACAACGAAUAAUGUCGAACAAGACACAUCACAUCAAAACCUGAAUAAUUCUGAAAAUACACCUAUUGAUCAUAAUAAUAUUUCAACAACGGCACAAGCUGAUGAAACUGUUAAUUUUGAUACCAAUGAAAAUUCUAAUACAGAAAUUGAAAUAAAUCUAUCAAAUGAAACUCAAAAUAUUACUUCAGUAACUCCAAAAGAAACAAUUACACCAUCAAGACUUUCUUUUCGUCUGAAUCCCGAUGGAUCACGAGUUGGUAUAUCACGACCACCACUACCUACAAAUCGUCAAUCACCAUCAAUAAGCUUUUUACGUCGAACAUCAACGGAUGUGACACCUAUUCAACCGAAUACCAAACAAGUGUAA